AUUCCCAAUAAUCACAGUAGCUGUUACCCAACAGACUAUGAAAAAAGAGAAAUGAAAAUAAAAAAACAAAAAGUAGAGUGGAAAAAGAAAAACACUUUCCCUUUUUACCAAACAGCAAAAAGAAAGUGAAAGACUGAAUUUUUUCCUUUGAAAAUCUCAUGCCUUAUCACCUCUUUUCCCAAUUUUGUCAACUUCAUUUUGUAAAUUGAAGCUAAACAGUUAGUGGGGUUUUCUUGGAUAUAUAUAUAUAUAUUUUUUUUUUAAUUUAAGACUUAUCAUUUUUGCUGAUCUGUUAUAAGUGGGGUUUCUUUAUUUUUGCUCUUUCUUGGGUAUUUGUAAUCUUGAGAGAUUUGGUUAAUUUAAUGUAGUUUUGUUUGUGUCCUGUUGUUGAUCUUACGUUAUCUUUUGAAGUUCCUUUUUUGGUCUUGUGUACUGCUAAAUCUGACCUUUUUAGAGAGAAAAAAAGGUUAUGUUAUCAUUCUUGAUCUUAAAGAACAAAUCUUUAUGAUUCUUGUUGUGAAAAGAUCAAGCUUUUUGUUGGUGUAGAUGUGCCUUUUCUUAGGUUAAUCUGUAAAAUAGUAAAUCCCAGAUAGGGGAUUUUGUGUUAAAUUAGUGUUGGAUCUGUUGGGGAGCACCCCUUGUGGCUACUGUGGAGAUCUGGGACUUGUUUAAUCUGUUAUGUCCCAUGAGAACUUUCUUCCCUUCAGAGUCUUGUAAAGAGACACAUCUCAAAUCUAUUAAUCCUCAAUCAUGGCUCCAAGUUGAAAGAGGCAAACUUGCUAAAUUUUCAUCUGAAUCUGCUUCUUCCAUAGACUCUUUGAUCAAGGUCCAAGAACCACCGAUUCUUCCAUUCUUUAAACCUGUUGAUUAUGUUGAAGUUUUAGCAAAAAUCCAUGAAGAACUCGAAUCAUGUUCCCCACAAGAGAGGUCAAAUCUCUAUUUGCUGCAGUUUCAGGUCUUUAAGGGCCUUGGGGAAGUUAAAUUAAUGAGGAGAAGUCUUCGCUCAGCUUGGUCGAAAGCAAACACAGUUUAUGAAAAACUUGUAUUUGGAGCGUGGUUGAAAUACGAGAAACAGGAUGAAGAGCUCAUUUCUGACUUGCUUUCUACUUGUGGCAAAUGUGCAAAGGAGUUUGGAGCAAUAGACAUAGCAUCUGAAAUGCCUGCCUAUAAGAAAUUAAGCCCUCAAGGAGUCGUCGAGGAUCCUUGUCCAAGAACGGUUUCUUUUAGGAUUGGCGAUGACAAAAUAGCAUGUGACAGGCAGAAAAUUGCCAGUCUUUCAGCUCCAUUUCAUACCAUGCUAAACGGUUGUUUCACAGAAUCGUUUUGUGAGGAAAUAGAUUUGUCCGAAAACAAUAUUUCUCCCUUGGCAAUGAGGGUCAUCAACGAAUUCAGCUCAACCGGCUUAUUGAAUGAAGUUUCCCCCGAUCUGCUGUUGGAAAUGUUGGUAUUUGCCAAUAAGUUUUGUUGUGAAAGCCUCAGGGAUGCUUGUGACCGAAAGCUUGCGUCUUUAAUUUCAUGUCGACAAGAUGCUGUAGAACUCCUUGAAUGUGCCCUUGAAGAGAACUCUCCUGUCCUUGCUGCUUCAUGUUUGCAAGUAUUUUUACGUGAACUCCCAGAUUCUCUGAAAGACGGUCAGGUAGUUGAACUGUUAAGCAAUAGUACGAGGCAACAAAGGUCAAUUAUGAUAGGUCCUGCCUCAUUUUCACUCUAUUGUUUGUUAAGUGAAGUUUCAAUGAACCUUGAUCCUAGAUCAGACGAAUCUGUUCGUUUUUUGACCACACUGGUAGACUCAGCUGAAACCAGCCAACAGAAAAUGGUCGCGUAUCAUCGGUUAGGAUGCGUUAAAUUUCUUAGGAAAGAGCUUGACGAAGCUGAAAAGCUCUUUGAGGCUGCUUUUAAUUUGGGUCACACUUAUUCGGUUAUUGGUUUGGCUAGAUUAGGUCAAAUAGAGGGUCAUAAACGGUGGGCUUAUGAGAAACUCAGUAGCGUUAUUUCUUCCUCAACUCCCCUUGGAUGGAUGUACCAAGAGAGGUCGCUAUAUUGUGAGGGAGAAAAGAGAUGGGACGAGCUUGAGAAAGCAACUGAGCUUGAUCCGACACUGACAUACCCGUACAUGUAUCGAGCUGCAUCGUUGAUGAGGAAGCAAAAUGCUGAAGCUGCUCUUUCAGAAAUAAACAGAAUCCUGGGAUUCAAACUGGCAUUGGAGUGCUUGGAGCUCCGCUUUUGUUUUUACCUUGCCCUAGAGAACUACCGAUUAGCAAUAUGUGAUAUUCAGGCAAUCCUCACACUUCGACCAGAUUAUCGUGUGUUUGAAGGAAGAGUCGCAGCAUUGCAACUCCGUACUCUUCUGCGCGAGCAUGUGGAGAAUUGGACUGAAGCCGAUUGUUGGCUGCAGUUGUAUGAUAGAUGGUCUUCGGUUGACGAUAUUGGAUCUCUUUCAGUAAUAUACCAGAUGCUCGAGUCUGAUGCAGCAAAAGGUGUUCUUUACUUCAGACAGUCCCUGCUUCUCCUCCGAUUGAACUGUCCAGAUGCAGCCAUGAGGAGUUUACAGUUGGCUCGCCACCAUGCAUCUAGCGAACACGAACGUUUGGUCUACGAGGGAUGGAUCUUAUAUGAUACUGGUCACUGUGAAGAAGGUCUACAGAAAGCAGAAGAGUCUAUCAGCAUCAAGAGAUCUUUUGAAGCAUUCUUCCUGAAAGCGUACGCUUUAGCUGACUCUAGCCCUGAUGCAUCUUGUUCACAAACUGUCAUAUCACUUCUUGAGGACGCCUUGCGAUGCCCUUCCGAUAGGCUUCGCAAAGGUCAGGCCCUGAACAAUCUUGGGAGUGUCUAUGUUGACUGCGGUAAAUUGGAUGCUGCAGCUGAUUGCUACAUUAAUGCCCUUAAAAUCCGGCAUACCCGGGCACACCAAGGUCUUGCUCGUGUCCAUUACUUGAGAAAUGAUAAGGUGGCUGCUUAUGAUGAGAUGACCAAACUGAUUGAGAAGGCCAAGAAUAACGCAUCUGCUUACGAGAAGAGAUCAGAGUACUGUGACCGUGACCGCACAAAGGCUGACCUGGAGAUGGUCACUCGUCUAGAUCCUCUUAGAGUUUACCCUUACAGAUAUCGAGCUGCAGUUCUGAUGGACAACCACAAGGAGAAGGAAGCCAUUGAAGAACUGUCUAGGGCCAUUUCAUUCAAAGCUGAUCUUCAUCUUUUACACCUGCGCGCUGCAUUUCAUGAGCAUAUAGGUGAUGCUAUGGGUGCCUUGAGAGAUUGUCGAGCUGCUCUCUCUGUUGACCCGAACCAUCAAGAAAUGUUGGAACUUCAUAGUCGUGUGAACAGUCAAGAACCUUAAAGAAAUGAGCAACAAGACAUGCAAGACCCCAAUAUGAGGGGAAACUUGUAUCUGUUGUGUGAGGCACAGAGUAAAAAAUUUCGAGAAAGGGGUAACAAAUUGAGAAAGAUUUUUCUCCUUUUUCAUUUUCACCUCCCCCGAAAUUUUCCUCCAUUGUAUGUGCCAUAUGAGCCUCUCCUUGUUUAUCCUAGUUCCAAAAUUUUGUAAUAUGCUCCAAAUUUCAUUGUUAAUAUAAUUUAUAUUUAAUGAAAAUCUUCGUUCUCUCUCUUUA